UUCUCUCUUUCAAAUAUGCGCAGGAAAGCGAAGCUCAUUGCUCCGCUCUAAAUUCAGAUUCCACCUUCGUUUCACGGAUUCUGCUUCGAUUGAUCAACGCGUUACCUUGGCUACAGAAAAAUAUCUCGUCUUCAGAAUGUACUUGGAGAACAAGCGCGAUACCAAGGGUCCGAAGUUCGAUUCCGGCGUCUUAUCGCCGAUCAACUUGAUGAAUAUGACCGGCAGCCGACGCUCUAGGUCAUUGUUUGAUCCGUACGCAUCAGACAGUUCAGAUUCUCCGUCUCCGCUGAUGAAGUUCCUGCGUUCUGUCGAUCCAGCGGCCGGAGGCGCUUCCUCGCCGGUGUUCGUCACACCAGUCAAGGUUGAGGAAGACGUGAUUGUCAUGGAUGGGAUUUCGGUGCCUAAGUCCAACAACAGCAGCGGUGAAGUCAGAUUGAGAUUGCCUCUGAUGUCAUCAAAUUCUGUCAAUUGCAGUUUCGGGAAAUCGAAUUCGCCUGCUUCAUCUUCGUCGUCGGGAAGCGGCGGUAGACGUGCGAGGGUUGAAAAUAUCAAAUCUUAUAAGAACAGGCUCUGUCAUUACUGGGAGACUUCUCGUAUAUGCCAAUUUGGUUCCGAAUGCCAGUUUGCACACGGCAAAGAGGAGCUGCGCCACCAUCGGUUCUCAGGCAAGAUCAAACUUGAGAUCUCCAAAUUAAACAGCAGUUUCGAGGGAUCAAGCCCAUCGCCAUAUAGCUCUAAGUUUAACCGAAACAGCCGAGUCAAUGCGGUCUCAGCAGAAGUGGAGGCAUUCUCAGUGCCACCACUAUCACCUGAAAUGGUGUUCCCUGCAUCACCAAUCUCAGCUAAACAAGUUUCUGGAACUAGGGCGAUCCCAGUCACUGCACUGCUCUGCUCGGAUUGGACUCCUGAGAGUGAUGGGAUUGAGAUCACUUUGCCUUGUGUGGAAAAGAGUCCAUCCAAGGAAGAUGUAGAUGCUUUUAUUGCAAAUGUGCUCUAUGGGGCUAAGGCGAAGAAGAGGCUGCCUGUGUUUGUCGAGAUUUGCCCCGACUCUGCUGAUUGAUUCAUGGCGAUCCAACCAUUUGCUCAAGUGAAUGAAUGGGAUGAAUAUGGCUGCUAUUGCUGAUAGCACUGAAUUGGUAACUCCUAGUUACUUACUGUGGUCUCUGAAUAAUUGUGGUGAUCUGUUUACUGAGUGAUAAGGCUUACUGUGCUUACUUUUUGGCCUUGAAACAACGAAACUUUUACCUGGUUAUGCUGUAGUUGAAUCAUGUAAAACAAUGUAUCAGGGGUGUUGUGUAUCCACUCUAGAACACUUUCAUGCUCAAGCUUAUUUAGGUCA